GGACACGAGUCUCCUGGCUACAGACGGGCACCGAGUGUCAACUGGCAAGACUGCGGGCACCGAAUCAAUCACCAGGCACGACAGUGGACUCUGACUCAAUUGGCACGACAGCGGGCACCGGGUCAUCAGGUACCGGAUUGUCUGGCUCGCAACAGCGGGCAUCGGGUCACCAGGUAUGACAGCGGGCACUGGGUCACCAGGCAUCAGGUCAUUUGGCUUGCCAGCGGGCACCGCGUCAUCUGGCAAGGCAGUGGGCACCGGGUCACACCAGGCAUUGGAUCGUCUGGCUCGACAGCGGGCAUCGGGUCACCAGGCAUCAGGUCAUUUAGCUCGCCAGCGGGCACCGCGUCAUCUGGCAAGGCAGUGGGCACCGAGUCACCAGGCACGACAGCGGGCUCUGAGUCAACUGGCAUGACAGCGGGCACCGGGUCAUCAGGUACCGGAUUGUCUGGCUCGACAGCGGGCAUCGGGUCACCAGGC